GUCCUACGAACUGUGCUACAUAUGACAGUCGAGUUUGCCGCUGGUUCAGCUUGGGCCGGGCUUGCGCAGUUGCAGAGCGUUACCUGAUACGCAGGAAAUACAUUUAUACCAUAUGCUGCAUCGACAUGUUAGGUUAGGAAUCAUAGGCUUCGUCGAUGGUUAUGGGUUCAUGAGCCAAGGAGCCCAACACCGUGUUACAGAGCCUUCCAGCGCUGAUCGGUGCUAGACCAGAGCUUCAUCGGGUGAAAUGGGACCGCCUAAACUGCCCGAGAUUGCGGCAGGCCCUGGUCCCUCAACUGCUGGCACGCAGCCCUCGCCAGCGUUUGCGGCCACAAUCCUUACGUCGGUGCGCCUCUCGCACGCUCAGCUGGACUCAGCAAAGACACGCAUCCAGCUAUCCCGCAAAGAAGAGGCGCAGCUUGCCACUGCGUUGGCGGCCGCGGGGCGCGCCGCUGUCACGCAGCUGGCGGUGCAGGGCGUGCGCGGCGGCUGCCUGCGGCUGCACGGCCCCGGGGGCCGCCAGCGCUGGAAGCUGCUGGGUGUGAUGCCGCCGCUGCAUCGCGCCGGUGCCAAAGACAAAGAUACCCUGGUGGUGUUACUGACAGCGGCUGACGGCGGUGGGUGCGGCGGCGGCGCGUGUGGGUGUCGGGUGGUGCUGCAGCCGCGCCAGGGCUCCAGGCGCCCGGCCGUGCAGCUCUCAGGCGAGCCGGCGGCGGCGGCAGCGGGGCAGCCUGGGGAGCAGGCGACCGCGGGGGCGGGUGGAAGGCAGACGCAGCAGCACAAGGAGGAGGAGCAGGAGGAGCAAACGCAGCACACGAAGAGGCAGAAGCUGAAGCGGGAGGAACAGCUGGUAGGUUCUCGGGCGACGGGUCUGGCGGUGUGUGGAGGCAGCGGGCCGCGGGCUGCUGCUGCAGCAGCUGAGGCUGGAGGCACAGGGACCGCAGGCGCGGGUGGGGUAGUAGUAGCGUGGCAGGAGCCAGGGUGGCUGAAGCAGAAGCGGCGGCGGACACAAUCAGCGGAGCAGGGCGACAAAGCGGUAUUAGGCGAGACAGAAGAGGGUCGGCGGCGUGCUGACCGGCGUUCGCGGACAACGGCGUCGGAGACAUCGAACCGCACAACCAGCCGCGCACAGAUCCAUGCAACCAGUGCCGGUGCCGGUGCUGGUGCCGUGGCUGGUGACAGGGCGGGGGCGGGGGCAGGCGCGCAGCGAGUCCUGCACCCGCUGCCCUCCCCUCACCCGGGGGCGCUGGAGGCUGAGGCGCCAGACCCCGCCACACCGCCGCAGCCGCCGGCAGUGGACCCUGACGCCACCGCCACCACCACUGCUGUGCGCGCUGCUGCCAGCGCCACUGCUGCUGGCGCCCCAUCUCCCUGUGCAUGCAGCCAGGAGCCGCAGGAGGAGGAGCCGCAGGAGGCGGCGGCGGCGGUGGCGGCGGCGGUGGCGGCGGCGGUGGCGGCGCCGCGGUGUUCAACGCGCAGCGCAUCUCGUCCAGUGAUGGCGGCGCCGGCGCCGGCGGCAGCAGCGCCCGCUCCCGCACCCGCUCUCGCACCCGCAGCCGCAGCCGCAGCCCUGUCGACCUCGACGCCGCCAUCCCGGCUAUGUGGUGUGCGGCUGGCAGCUGCACCACCGCCACCGCCACCGCCACCGCCACCGCCCGGCACAGCAGCAGCAGCAGCAGCAGCAGCAGCAGUAGCCGGGGCCACUGCUGCUGGCGCCCGCCGCGCGGCGGCCCCACCCGCCGCGCCAGGCAGCCGGGUGCAGGGGCGGCCGGAGCAGGCGCAGCAUCCGCACCCGCACCCGCACCCGCAGCGGCAGCAGGGCGGUGGCGGGGCGGUCGACGGCGCGGCGGCCGCGGCCGCGGCGGGGACGGGGGCGGGCGCUGCUGCCACAGGCGGCGCUGCUGCUGCGGCGGCCGGGGACGCACAGCCGUGCCAGGCGCUGCAAGCGAUGAGCGCAGGCACGCCGGUGGUGUCCGGCUCCAAACGGCACCGGGCGGACGAGGAGCUGCCUGGGCUCGCGGCGGCGGCGGCGCAGCAGCUGGAGCUGGUGACGGCGCAGAGGGAUGCGCUGGCGGCGGAGCUGGAGGGCGCACGGCGGCAGUGCGCGGCGGCGCAGCUGGAGCUGGCGCAGGUGGGGGCAGAGCGCGAGGCAGCAGAGGUGCAGACCCGUGCAGAGGCCGCCGAGCGCCUGGCGGCGGCGGGGCAGGAGCUGGUGGCGGCGCGGGCGCAGUGCGAGGAGCUGCGGGAAGAGCUGGCUGCUGCUCAGGCGGCGGCAGCGGCGGCAGCUCAGGCGGCGACAGCGGUGCAGCGGCAGUGCCAGGGCGAGCAGCAGACGGCGUGGGAGGAGGUCGAGGCGCUGCGGCAGGAGCUGGCGGCGGCGCGGGCGCAGUGCGAGGCGGAGCGGGCGCACCGCGGCGUGGCGGUGGAGGAGCUGGCGGCGGCGCGGCAGCGGCGGGCAGAGCUGGAGCAGGAGCUGGCGGCGGUGCGGGUGCAGUGCGAGACGGCGGCGGCCGCUUGUGCCCAGCACGACGCCGACGCAGCGCGGCGGCAGGCGGAGGAGCGGGAGGUGGUCCUGACGGCGGCGCAGGAGGGCGUGCUGGCGGCGGCGGCGCAGCGCAUGCGGCAGGCUAACCUGGAGCGCGACGCGGCGGCGGCGGCGGCGGCAGCGGCGCGGUGUGAGGCGGUGGAGGCGUGCCGCCAGCGGGAUGCGGCGCUGGAGGCUGCAGCCGUGUCAGCGACGGUGGCGCAGGCCGCCGAGGCGAGGGCGGGCAUGCAGGCGGCGGAGGCGGAGGCGUUGCUGCAGGAGGCGCGUCAGGCGGCGGCCAAGUCCAAGUCGUACAACCUGCAGGCGGCGGCGGUGGCGGAGGCGGCGACACACGAGCUGCGGCAGGCGCAGGCGCGUGAGGCGGCGGCGGCGGCGGCGCAGGCGGCGGCGGAGGAGCGCGGUGCCGAGGUGGCGGCCCAGAUGGAGCAGCUGGGCGUCGCCGUGGCGCGGCUGUCGGCGCAGCUGCGGGCCGCCACGGCGCAGCUGCACCAGUACCACCACCUGCAACAGCAGCUGCAGCAGGGACUGUAGCUGUGGCAGCGGAAGCAGUCUGUGGCACAAUAGGAAGAUUGGCGCUGUGGCCGCAGUAGAGCAUCACGGUAGAGCAUCAUGGAAGAGCAUGAAGUGCAACGUGCAUCACUGUUUGGUGGGGGCUAGCCUAGAUACGGGUCCACGCGGGUGUGGGUGCGGGUGGUUGUACGGGUGCGCCCUGUUCCAGUAAGGCAGCCUGUAAAGGUUGACCCCUGCGCUUAGGACGGAGGGAUAUGUGCGUGUGGGUGGGCACGGCCCCGAGUGAACCCGGGUCGAUCCGCCGCAGUGGCUCAUGCCAUGAAACCCUGAUGACACCACACCGACCAAACUGAUGUACAUCAAAGCAUCACUGCUGUUGUACAGCACGUGCCGCGCCUUCGCCCUCUCUGCUGGCAUGCACGCACUAGCGGACCGCCAUGCGAUCCAUGGAGCGUGCCCCUAAGGGAGUCAAGUGACAGGGGACGCAAUGUACAGUGUUAAAAUAAAAUGCCGAGCACGAGGGGAGGCUGGUGUAGAAGUGGCGACUGAAGUCUGAGUAUGAUACGGUAUGAUCUGAGUAACGAAGUGCUUGCGAGUGAAUGCGAAUGCAAGACGCCGUCGCGAGCUCCAGGCUAGCAAUAAACAUCACGAAAGAAGUUAGUGUCAGCGGCAAUGCGGUUACUUGUUACCUUCGAGACGAGACACCGGUGCGCGCUCCACGCUGCUCCGCAUUCGGCACGCCAAACGGAGUCCGAGUGUCGUGGAGACUGCUGCCGCUUGCAGGGGCGGACGCGUUCCAGCUCGCAACUAGGCUGCUGCCAUUCGCCGCGACAACGCGAAACCCACAAAAUGCACCCACCUGGAACGGAGCCAGGCAUCCGCGGGCGCCCAUGGAGCAUAUGCGUGGGCAAGCGGAAAGAAACGGGAGAAGAAAGAAGCGGCGUGGCGGAUGUCAGUAGCCGAUGCCGGGCAAAGCUGCCGAGCAAGUGAAGCAGGGUGGCUGCCUAGCUGGGGCCGGGCUGAUUAGAGGGCUGAACGGCGGCUGCACCGGGCGAGCUGUACUGGUAGUAUGUACUGGCGCCGGCCAAGCGUGGUAAGUAUGGGCGCCGCUGCAUGGAUCCCGCCCCCAUGUGCCGCGGCGAGGCUGGCGACGAUGCAGUGGCGUACAGCUGACAGCUGAGACGGACGGGCGCGGACCGCUGUGCGGUUCCCCACACCCGUCCAGGGACCGGCCCACGCACGGUGCAGCGGGGCCGGCCGGGUGGGGGAACCGUGCUGACAGCUGAGUGGGCGGCGGGCGGAGGGCUGGCCGAGCUCGGUGCGUGUCCACGGCAUGUACCCGAAACCGCUGAAAAGCCAAACCAAGAAACAAAUUCUCCAGAACCAAAUAACCAAGGUGUAAGACGACGACGAC